UUGUUAUCAGUAGUGGUAAAAAACAACUUAACAAGGGCAAUGCAUUUCUUGUUUCUUUUGUUGUUGACUGUGCUAUCUUUUCCCAUGUUUAUUCACACAUCACUUGUUCUUAAUCCUCAAUUAGUAGUUCAAGAAGUGCAAGAGGCUAUUAAUGUAUCAUCUAGGAGGAAUUGGGUAGUCCCCUCAUGUAUGACAGGAAAUCCAAUCGACGAUUGUUGGAGAUGUGACGAGAGUUGGGAGAAAAAUCGCCAACGAUUAGCAGAUUGUGCUAUCGGCUUUGGUAAAAAUGCUAUAGGUGGUAAAACGGGUAAAAUUUAUGUGGUACAAGAUUCUAGUGAUGAUGCUAUAAACCCUAAAAUAGGUACAUUAAGGUAUGGGGUCAUACAACAAGAACCAUUAUGGAUAGUUUUUUCUAAAGAUAUGGAAAUUAAGCUUAAAAAAGAGUUGAUAAUCAAUUCAUUCAAAACCCUAGAUGGAAGAGGAGCUAAUGUACAUAUUGCUAAUGGGCCAUGCAUACUCAUACAUUAUGUAAAUAACAUUAUCAUACAUAACAUCCACAUACAUAAUUGUAAGAAAGGAAAAAAUGGUUAUGUGAGGUACACCCCUACACAUUAUGGUUGGAGAAACAGAUCGGAUGGGGAUGGAAUCUCUAUCAUCUCGUCUAGCCAUAUAUGGAUUGAUCAUUGCUCGCUAUCGAGAUGCCAUGAUGGCUUGAUCGAUGCCAUACGUGGCUCGACUGCCAUAACCAUAUCAAACAACUAUAUGAUGCAUCAUAACAAGGUCAUGCUUUUGGGGCAUAAUGAUAAAUAUAUACAAGACAAGAACAUGCAAGUUACCAUUGCAUUUAAUCAUUUUGGAGAGGGACUUGUUCAAAGAAUGCCAAGGUGUAGACAUGGGUAUUUUCAUGUGGUAAAUAAUGACUUCACCCAAUGGAAAAUGUAUGCCAUUGGAGGAAGUGCGGGACCAACUAUAAACAGCCAAGGCAACAGAUUUUUGGCUCCGGAUAAUCGCUUGACUAAAGAGGUAACUAAAAGGGAGAGUGCACUUGAAACAGAAUGGAAGAAAUGGAAUUGGAGAUCACAAGAAGAUCUUUUUCUGAAUGGGGCACAUUUUGUAGAGUCUGGGACCGGAAGUGUCUCCGUCUCACCUUACGCAACCGCGAUGAGCUUAGUCGUGCGACCGGCUUCUCUUGUAGCUUCUAUCACAAAGAAUGCUGGUGUCCUCAAAUGCUAG